CACGUAUGUUACUAACAUCACAGUGUCCGGUAAAUCAAUUGAAGAAGCUAAGGUGGCCGUUAAUGCUGAUCUCAAUAAUAUCAGAGAAUGGCUUCUAUCAAACAGGCUUUGUCUUAACCUAGUCAAAACGGAAUAUAUUUUGAUUGGAUCACGGUACAAUAUUAACACUGUAGUGGAAGAACAACCGUGUGUUUUUAUUGGAGAUGAACCAAUUAAAGGGGUUCAGGUCACAAAAGCUCUUG